UUAAUUUAAACAAUAAUGUGUGGAUUAAUUAAAAUAUUAGUUUAAUUACAUAUGUAACCCGAAGAAACUAGUGAACGCUAUAUUAACUUAUUAAGUUUAAUUAAUAAGAAUUAAUAUACAAGUGAAGAAGAAGAAUUAUGUAUUUUGUUUAAAGAAAUAAAUCAAUUCACGUGAAUUUAAAUAAAAUAAAUGUUAAACAAAAUGCCACCUUUAAAAGGUUCAAAACGUUUAACUGAUGUGGAUACAGCAUCGAAUAAUAAUAACAAUAAUAAUACAAUAACGAUACCAUUAUCUGGAAAUUUACAAACUGAUAAUGGGCAAUAUUAUACAUCCCGAUAUUAUGCCCCUAAAGUUUUAAGCAAUUUAAGUUCCCUACGGCGGAACUCCAGAUUCUGUGAUAUCGAAAUUAUUGCUGGUGGAAAAGUUGUCAAGGCUCAUCGGGCAAUAUUAGCAGCAAGCAGUCCAUACUUCCAUGCAAUGUUUACGGGCGGAUUAUCGGAGCAAAGAAAACAUGCCGUUGAAUUACAUUCAAUAUCUCAUCGCACUUUAGAUAUUGUUAUGGAUUUUAUAUAUUCUGGUGAAGUAUGUAUAACACAACAGAAUGUACAAGAAUUAAUGGUUACCGCCGAUAUGCUAGAGCUUCAAGAAAUUGUCAUAGGAUGCACAGAAUAUUUGAAAAAAGAAUUACAUGCUACAAAUGCGAUUGGUAUUUACAGGUUUGCUGAAGCUCAUAACUGCGAAGAAUUAAAAAAAGCUGCGAUUGAAUUUAUUGAAGGGCAUUUUCCACAAAUAUGCGCCGAAGAAGAAUUUUAUGACUUGCCUAGAGAAUUGUUAUCAAAUUUUUUAACUUCUGAAAAUUUAAGAGUUGAUUCAGAAUUUCAAGUAUUUCAAGCAGCCGUACGCUGGAUCACACAUGAUAUUUUAGUUAGAAAACGCUACGUUUUUGAAAUAUUGCGAUUUGUUCGUUUACCGUUAUUAUCACUAUGCUCAUUGGAACGUGUUAUAAAUGAUUGUACUGACAGUUCACUGAAAGUUGCUUUGCGUUCAAUUUGCAAAGAUUUAGUUACCAAAAAAGGUUCCUUAGUUCCUUUAUUUGUUCAUCCGCGUGCUUGCGCUAAAAAAGAUAUUUAUGUUAUUGGUGGAUCAAAACGGGAAAUGACUACAGGCUGGAAUCGAACAUCCGAAUCAAUAUUCGAAUCAGUCGAACGAUUUGAUACAUUCAGGAGGGAGUGGUGCAAAGUAUCACCUAUGGGAAUCGGAAGAAUUUUACCUGGUGUAGCAUCCCUGAAUGGAAAAAUAUAUGUAGUUGGAGGUGAACAAGAAUCUCGAAUACUUGCGAAUGGUGAAUGUUAUGAUCCACGCGAUGAUAAAUGGUCACCAAUGGCAAGCAUGGUUGUACCACGAUGUGAAUUUGGUCUUUGUGCUCUCUACGAUAAUUUAUUUGCUAUUGGUGGUUGGGUCGGUGAAGAUAUUGGUGGCUCUAUAGAACGAUAUGAUCCAAAAUUAAAUGAAUGGAAAUUGGCUGGUGAAUUACCAGCACCAAGAUUUAGUAUGGGUGUUGUAUCAUAUGAAGGAAUUAUUUAUAUUGUUGGUGGAUGCUCACAUAGCCGAAGGCAUUUGCAAGAUUUACAAAGCUAUAAUCCAAUUACAAAUGAAUGGACAACGUUACCAUCAAUGAGUGUACCUCGAUCUCAAAUGGGUUUCACUGUUUUGGAUGGAUAUUUAUAUAUUGUUGGCGGAAUGAAUACUCAUUAUGAAGCAUUGGAAUCUGUUGAAAGAUAUUCAUUUGAAGAGAAUAAGUGGAGUACGGUUUCACCAAUGAAAGUAGCUCGUGCAAGUCCAGCUGUUGCUGCAGCAGAUGGUUUAUUAUAUGUUAUUGGUGGAGAUCAAAUACACGAUAUAGAUUUUUACAGAGGUCAAAUAACAAUCACAAACGUUGAAUGUUUUGAUCCAAUGAACAUGACAUGGCGUGAUUGUCCACCAUUACCUGAAAGUCGAUCAGAGGCAGGUGCCGUUGUCGUUUGAUAAUUAAAAUAAAUCAUUAUUAAGAACUUGA